AUGAAGUUUUCCAUCAUCAGCGGCGCCUCCACACUCUUCUGCAUCUUAGCGCCAGUGAAAGCUUUUGUAAUACCGCCAGUGCGAGCUCUAUUACCAGUUCUAUUACCAGUGCCUGACCCGAACCGAGAAUUCAGAUUCCACUGCCCAAAUGGUCCCAUAUACUCAAAAGCUCAACUCAUGGAUAUUGUUCUGUCGGCCAGGGCAGUUAUGCAGACCGAUAGAACAGAUGAUCUAUAUCCUUUUGUGUUCACUUCUUUACACUACAGCAUUCCCGGAGAACUAUGGUAUUAUCCUAUGGAAGAGGGCCCAGGUCCGCAUGAUUUUGUUAUAUUCAACACACAAGCUCGAAUAGUGGGCGCAGUCAGCCGCACUCAUCAUGGAAAUGGCCCCGACAUCGUUGAACAUUGUCAAUUCGUGUAA